UGUAGGCGGGGAAUCUGGUCUCAGAACUAGGCAACCUCUGGCAGGUCUCUGGGUCGGGCGGGUCCUCCCAGAGGUAGCAGCAUGGACCGCUCUCCUGGAGACUGCCCCAGCCCAGUGGACCAGCCCUACGCUCCCUCCGAACCCCCUGACCAGCACCCCACUGCUCAAGCAGAGCUGGACCAGAGUUCUGGGAACCAACCUGCCGGCCCAGGCGCCGCGAGUGAGGCCUUGGCGGUGCUGGCUUCGUUCGGGCGGCGGUUGCUGGUGCUGGUGCCGGUGUACCUGGCCGGGGCAAUAGGACUCAGCGUGGGUUUUGUGCUCUUCGGCCUCGCCCUCUACCUGGGCUGGCGCCGGGUCCGCGAGGAGAAAGAACGGAGCCUUCGAGUAGCGCGACAGCUGCUGGAUGAUGAGGAGCGGCUCACGGCGAAAACUCUUUACAUGAGCCAUCGAGAACUACCUGCCUGGGUCAGCUUCCCAGAUGUGGAAAAAGCAGAGUGGCUAAAUAAGAUUGUGGCCCAGAUCUGGCCCUUCCUGGGCCAGUAUAUGGAGAAGCUUUUGGCCGAAACUGUGGCCCCAGCUGUUCGAGGAUCUAACCCCCACCUGCAAACAUUUACAUUUACACGAGUGGAAUUGGGUGAAAAGCCACUGCGCAUCGUAGGAGUCAGGGUUCACCCUGGUCAGAGGAAAGAACAGAUCCUGCUGGACUUGAACAUCAGCUACGUAGGUGAUGUACAGAUUGAUGUGGAAGUGAAGAAAUAUUUCUGCAAAGCAGGAGUCAAGGGCAUGCAGCUGCAGGGUGUCUUACGGGUGAUUCUUGAACCACUCAUUGGGAACCUUCCUAUCGUGGGGGCUGUGUCGAUGUUCUUUAUCCGACGCCCGAUCCUAGAUAUCAACUGGACAGGGAUGACCAACCUGCUGGAUAUUCCAGGACUCAGCUCCCUCUCUGACACCAUGAUCAUGGAUUCCAUCGCUGCCUUUCUUGUGUUGCCCAACCGAUUAUUGGUGCCCCUUGUGCCUGACCUUCAAGAUGUGGCCCAGUUGCGUUCCCCUCUUCCCAGGGGCAUUAUUCGGAUACACCUGCUGGCCGCUCGAGGGCUGAGCUCCAAGGACAAAUACGUAAAGGGCCUGAUUGAGGGCAAGUCAGACCCCUACGCACUUGUGCGAGUGGGCACCCAGACAUUCUGCAGUCGUGUCAUUGAUGAGGAACUCAACCCCCAGUGGGGAGAGACUUAUGAGGUUAUGGUACAUGAGGUCCCAGGACAGGAAAUUGAGGUGGAGGUGUUUGACAAGGAUCCAGACAAAGAUGACUUUCUGGGCAGAAUGAAGCUGGAUGUAGGGAAAGUAUUGCAGGCUGGAGUAAUGGAUGAAUGGUUCCCUCUACAAAGUGGGCAAGGCCAAGUUCACUUAAGGCUAGAAUGGCUUUCGCUUUUGCCAGAUGCAGAAAAACUGGAGCAGGUUCUACAGUGGAACCGAGGAGUCUCCUCCCGACCGGAGCCCCCAUCAGCUGCCAUCUUAGUUGUCUAUCUGGAUCGGGCCCAGGAUCUUCCUCUGAAGAAGGGGAACAAGGAGCCCAACCCCAUGGUACAGCUGUCAAUUCAGGAUGUGACGCAGGAGAGCAAGGCUAUCUAUAACACCAACUGCCCGGUGUGGGAGGAGGCCUUCCGGUUCUUCCUGCAAGACCCUCGAAGCCAGGAGCUCGAUGUGCAGGUGAAGGAUGACUCCAGGGCCCUGACCUUAGGGGCGCUGACCCUGCCUCUGGCUCGCCUGCUGACUGCCCCUGAACUCACCCUGGACCAGUGGUUCCAGCUCAGCAGCUCUGGCCCAAACUCCCGGCUGUACAUGAAACUGGUUAUGAGGCUCUUGUACUUGGAUACGUCAGAAGUGCGCUUCCCUGCUGUGCCUGGUACUCCUGGAGCUUGGGACCUGGACGACGAGAGCCCCCAGACAGGCAGCAGUGUGGAUGCCCCACCUCGACCCAGUCACACUACUCCUGACAGUAACUUCGGGACGGAGAAUGUGCUUCGGAUCCAUGUAUUAGAGGCCCAGGACCUGAUUGCCAAAGAUCGUUUCUUGGGGGGAUUAGUGAAGGGGAAGUCAGACCCCUAUGUCAAACUAAAGCUGGGAGGACGAAGCUUCCGGAGCCGUGUUGUUCGGGAAGAUCUCAAUCCCCGUUGGAACGAGGUCUUUGAGGUGAUCGUCACAUCAAUUCCAGGCCAAGAGCUAGAGGUUGAAGUUUUUGACAAGGACCUGGACAAGGAUGACUUUCUGGGCAGGUGUAAAGUGAGUCUCACAACAAUCCUAAACAAUGGCUUCCUUGAUGAGUGGCUGACCCUGGAGGAUGUCCCAUCUGGUCGCCUACACUUGCGUCUGGAGCGUCUGACCCCCCGUCCCACUGCUGCUGAGUUAGAGGAGGUGCUGCAGGUGAACAGUUUGAUCCAGACUCAGAAGAGUGCAGACCUGGCAGCGGCCCUGCUCUCCAUCUACCUGGAGCGGGCUGAGGAUCUGCCGCUCCAAAAAGGUACCAAGCCUCCCAGCCCUUAUGCUACUCUUGCCGUGGGAGAUACUUCUCAUAAAACUAAGACUGUUUCCCAAACGUCAGCCCCUGUCUGGGAUGAGAGUGCCUCCUUUCUCAUCAGGAAACCAAACUCUGAGAGCCUGGAGUUGCAGGUUCGGGGUGAGGGGACUGGCGCAUUGGGCUCGUUAUCCCUGCCCCUCUCUGAGCUCCUCGUGGCUGACCGGCUCUGCUUGGAUCACUGGUUUAUGCUCAGCAAUGGUCCAGGGCAGGUGCUACUGAGAGCACAGCUCGGGAUCCUGGUGUCCCAGCACUCAGGGGUGGAAGCUCACAGCCACAGCUACAGCCACAGCUCCUCAUCUCUGAGCGAAGAACCAGAGCUCUGGGGAGGACUCCCUCACAUCACGUCCUCAGCCCCAGAGCUCCGGCAGCGCCUAACACACAGUGACAGUCCCCUUGAGGCUCCAGCCGGGCCUCUGGGCCAGGUGAAACUCACCGUGUGGUACUACAGUGAAGAACGCAAGCUGGUCAGCAUCGUUCACAGUUGCCGGGCCCUUCGACAAAAUGGACGGGAUCCCCCCGACCCCUACGUGUCACUGUUGCUACUGCCAGACAAGAACCGGGGUACCAAGAGGAAGAGCUCACAGAAGAAGAGGACCCUAAAUCCUGAAUUCGAUGAACGGUUUGAGUGGGAAAUGCCCCUGGAUGAGGCCCUUCGGCGAAAGCUGGAUGUCUCUGUGAAGUCCAGCUCCUCCUUCAUGUCAAGAGAGCGUGAGCUGCUGGGGAAGGUGCAGCUGGACCUCUCUGAGAUAGACCUUUCCCAGGGUGCAGCCCAGUGGUAUGACCUCAUGGAUGACAAGGUCAAGGGCAGCUCCUAGGCGCCGGAGGUCACCAGCCUGACUGCUCUGCCUCCUCGCCUCGCCUCUCGCGGCAUCACCGCCUCCAUGUGAUGAGCCUAAAGGCUGGGGCCCGAGGGCAGAGCCUGCACCCCUCAGCCCUCUCACCUCCCAGGCCCAUGCUAGGGCCUUGGCGUGACCAAAGAGGAGGCCCGUACAUUACCCUUUACUGCACGGCCUUUAUCCUUCUGGGCUCCUGGGGCAGGGAUGGGAGCUGGCUAUUUCCUGCUCUGCCUGCACAUUCUCCUUUCUGCCCAGCUCCUCAGGGCCUUCUGUGUCUGUGCCUGGCCACUGGCAGUGGCAUUAGCUCAUGCCAAAUACAGCUUUUUUUUUUUUUCCCCGUACGCGGGCCUCUCACUGCUGCGGCCCCUCCCACCGCGGAGCACAGGCUCCGGACGCGCAGGCCCAGCGGCCACGGCCCACGGGCCCAGCCGCUCCGUGGCAUGUGGGAUCUUCCCGGACCGGGGCACGAACCCGCGCCCCCCUGCAUCGGCAGGCGGACUCUCAACCACUGCACUACCAGGGAAGCCCCAAAUACAGCUUUUUGAAAGACCUUUUUUCUCCUUCCCAAACAGCAGUCAGGGAGGGGGGAAAGGCUCUCCAGCUGAGAGCCUCUUGGACUACUGCAUGCAGCCAAUGUACAGCCACCCAAACCCCAUGUCCAGUUCUAUACCCACUUUCCUCAAGCCUGUCCUGAAAAUUACACCUGCUAUGUUGACUAGGGCCAGCCAGUCUCUUGAAUCACUCUGGGAACAGUAGAUCCCAUCAAAGCCUUCAGGUAGCCAAUAUCAGUCUUGGUGUGGGGCCUCUAGCUGGUGCCGUACAGGGGGCUCUGGAGGACCCAGGACAGCAGAGCCAAUUUUUUGUCCAGGUGCCUAGGCUGUUAACUCACUGACUAGAAAUGAAUCUCUUAGCUUUGUACCAACUCUGCUAAUCCACUGUAUCUUACAUUAAACGUUAUACUCAAAUCA